ACCAAAUCCAUUACAUGGAGCAAUCUUUUUUUUUGUAAGAAAAUGUCGCAGAAACAUAGAAGCGAGCUCAUCAUCAUAACAAGAAUCUGCCAUUUGGUCGUUCUGUUGUCGUCCUCCGUCUCUGCCGCCGGAACCUUCCGGAAGAUCGAGCUGCCGCCGCCUCGAACCACCGGACCGGAAGCGUUCGCGUUCGAUCCGAGAGGGGAAGGACCGUACACGGGCGUCUCCGGCGGUAAGAUCCUCAAAUACAACGGGCCUCUCCUCGGCUUCGUCCACUUCUCCUUUACCUCCCCCCUUGCGAACACAUCGGUGUGCGAUAAGGCUGUCGGUACGUUUUUGGGCAAAGUCUGCGGAAGACCGGUUGGUAUAGCCUUCAAUCCAAGAACCGGUUAUUUGUACAUAGCCGAUGCCUAUUUGGGUUUGUACGUCGCCUCUCCCCGCGGCGGACGAGCCAAGCGACUAGCUGACAGUGCUGAAGGCUCGCCAUUCCGGUUCUUGGACGGCUUAGACGUUGAUCCGGUGACCGGUAACGUCUACUUCACAUCAUUCAGCUCAAGAUUUGGCCCCAGUGAGCUUCUUUUGGCGGUUGCGGUAAAAGAUGCCACGGGAAAGCUCUUUAGAUAUGACCCGAAGACGAAAAACGUCGCCGUUUUGAUGACCGGCUUGAGCGGCUCAGCCGGUUGCGCCGUCAGCUCCGACGGCUCGUUUGUACUUGUCGGCGAGGUCUUGAGGAACCGGAUCCUGCGGUACUGGAUCAAGGGCUCAAAAGCUGCCACGUGGGAGGUUUUUGUCCCUUGGAUCCCGGGUCCGGACAACAUCAGGAGAACGGACGGUGGAGAUUUCUGGGUCGCGUCGGUCGUGAUGAAGCUUGCGGUGGUCCCCACCGAGCCGUCGGCGGUGAAACUAAACACCUCCGGCGGAAUAGUCAGGCGAAUUCCUCUGGGGGAAUAUUAUGGGAACACGUUGGUGAGUGAAGCCAACGAACAUAAUGGAGUUAUUUAUUUUGGGACACUUACAAGUGAUUUCAUUGGUGUUUAUGGUUAGAAAUUUGUGAUUAGUAAGCUUAAAUCCCUAAAUGAUGACAUGAAUCUUGUGUUUCU